AUGAUUUCGCGUCAGUUCCAGUCACUAGUUGUAAGACCAGCUGGCCGAGACAAUCGGAGCCAUUUAAAUCGUACGAUUUCCUCGCUGGGGCGCAUUGAUCAAUUGAUUCAGGGGACCGGCUGUUCAAGAAUAGAGAUCGAUCUGUCUCGUAGACGAGAAAAGUGCCAAUUUCCUUGCUUCCGCGCGAGUAUCAAAUAUUGUUAAUUUAUCAGUACUCGCCGCAUUAUAAAACGGUAAUUUGUCUUCAGAUUUCUAUACACGGUAAUAUGUAAUUAAGGGAAUAUUUCGAAUGGUAGAGAAGCUUCGUCUCGUGUUGUGCGAUUUAUUAGCACUGUAAACAAACUUGAUAAUCAUUGAUUAGUUAAUAUUUCGUUCUGGCAGUGUUAUCGCUGUUUAUUAUACCAUCAGUCUCGAAAUGCUUUCAACAUAAACGUUCCAAACGCUUUGUGUGUAUAUGGUGAAUUUAUUAAUAUUAAUCGUAGACAUUAUGGCUGAACCAAUGAUCUGUAUCGAGGACUUCGAGAAAUACGCUUCAACGCAUUUGACGCCGUCCGUCAGAGAUUACUAUAAUUCUGGCGCGGGCGAGAUGUUCAGUUUGAAACUGAACGUGGAAGCUUUUAAGAAGUACAGGAUAAGGCCAAGAUUUUUGAGAAAUGUUUCCAGGAGGGAUUUGAGCACAACGAUUUUAGGUGAAAGAAUCUCGAUGCCAUUGGGAGUUGCGCCAGCGGCUAUGCAACGUAUGGCACAUCCCGAGGGCGAAUGUGCAAACGCAAAAGCCGCCCAGGAAGCGGGUACGAUUUACGUACUCUCAACGAUAUCAACAAGUAGUAUUGAAGAAGUCGCCGAGGCUGCGCCAAAGGCGAUAAAAUGGUUCCAGCUGUACAUAUACAAGGAUCGUAAUGUUACCCUAAAUUUAGUUUCGAGGGCGGAGCGCGCUGGUUUUAAAGCUCUCGUUCUCACUGUCGAUGCACCGCUGUUCGGCGACAGACGUUUAGACAUUAAAAAUAAAUUUUCUCUUCCAAGUCAUUUGAGAUUAGGAAACUUUGAGGGAGAAUUGUCCAGUAAAAUAAACAACGCCGAAUCUGGCUCUGGUUUGAAUGAAUACGUCAUGAGUUUGUUUGACGCCUCUUUGACUUGGAAUGACAUUAAAUGGCUGAAAAGCAUCACGAAUCUACCGCUGGUUUUAAAAGGAAUUCUUACCCCACAAGAUGCACUGUUAGCUAUUGAAUAUGGAGUAUCGGCGAUUGUUGUUUCAAAUCAUGGCGCUCGGCAAGUUGACACUAUUCCAGCCACGAUCGAGGCGUUGUCAGAAAUAACAAAAGCUGUAAAUGGUAGAAUAGAGGUCUACAUGGAUGGGGGGGUGAGGCAAGGAGUUGAUGUUUUGAAAGCACUUGCUUUGGGCGCCAAAAUGGUAUUUGUUGGCCGGCCAAUGUUGUGGGGCUUGACUUAUGGUGGUGAGAAUGGCGCAAGAGCGGUUCUUGAAGUCUUCAGGAAAGAAAUUGAUCUUGCAUUCGCGUUGACCGGUAUGAUGAUAGUCAUUCAUCGCGUGGAAUUCCAAUACCAUCGUGUGUAAUUUUAUAAAUAUUUACAAAACCAAUUUGCAGGUUGUGCUACCGUCAAUGACGUUAAGAGAGAUAUGAUUCAACACGAGUCUUACUACAGUCGUUUGUAACCAAAGGAUGACGAAGUUAAUUUAAUUAUAACAAGUUCACUUAAAAAUUAAUGGUCACUUCGAUGGACGUGACAUUAAAGAUUAUCAUAAGAUUAUUUAUCAUAGAAAUUACAUGAAGAAAUUAUUUCAAAGUCGUUCAAUAAUAAUUUUAAGGGCAUUCCAAGAAUACUUGAGUUUAGAAGUUAUUCUGUUAUUAUAAUUCUUCUAAUAAUAAUAUAUAGUUUAAGUAGUGUAAUGUUUAUGCUCAUACGUUGAAUUAUUUAAAAAAAAAAAGAAAAAAUUGAACAGUAUACAAUAAAAGAUGUGUGCCUUAGCUUGAAUAUCGAAUGACACUGGAAGCAUUUUUCUUCACAAUAUUGGCGUUUUAUUGAAUAUCUCUUGUAUAUUCAUCUUUGUAUACAUAUAUGCGUGUGUGCGGCACACAUACAUAUCACAAUUCACGAAGCGUAUGUACGCGCACACGCAUCCAAAGGUGAUCCGCGGCUUCUUUUGCAAACGGAACAAGAUUGACUAUUUUGACGUCGAUAUUACAUACAUAACGCACGAAACAUGCAACAGAGUACUUGCAUCGCUCUCUGUUCAAUUUGCAAAAUACUCUCUUUUUUUUUUCUCUCUUAAUCCAUACCACACCGCAUACCGGGGGGAGGAGGAGGAGGAGAGGUUUGAAUUCUCUUGGCAAAAAAAUAAAUCCCUCUCUGUCUUUCCGGUAUAUCCUACCUUCGGUUUAGUAACUCUGGUGCCGUCAUUACAGUCGUAAUUCUUUUGUUUUUUGUAUUUUUUUUUUUCUGUUUGUUUACUCACAGCUUUACAACGUUACAAUUAAUCGUUACUUGUAUGUAUAUAUUUAUAUUUUUAUUUAUAUAUAUAUAUAUAUGUAUAUGUAUAUGUAUAUUUAUGUAUAUAUGUAUAGUGGCCUCGUUCGCUACAGAUUUUCCUGUUUUGCUGAGUUAUGCACGCUAAACUUUUUUUUUUUUUUUUAGUUUAUGUAUUUAGUAUGUAUACGCAAUGUACAC